AUGGAUGAAGUAAUAGCCUGUCCUCCAACUUACAAAUUAAAUUUUGCUGAGCAAAUUUACGCCGUUGAAUUUUCACCUUUUGAAUGGUCGCAAAAUUUAGUUUGCAUUGCUUUUGAAGAGGAAGUCUCGGUUGGAAGUAUUAAAUUUCCGGACAAUGAAGACGUAGAAGAAAUAAUUUACACUCCACUAAGGACAUUUCAUCAUGAAACACGCAUCCAUUCAGUAGCUUGGAGUCCAGAAACCUCUCUAAGCGUAGUUCCUAAAAUAGUAUCAUUUGGAGUAGCUGGUUCUGAUUUUAAAAUCAGAUUAUUCACAAGUGACUUGAAUGAGAAAGAUGUUUUUGAGACUCUAGAAGGACACAAGGAUUACAUAAACGCGAUAGCAUUUGAGUCAGAGGGUGAAUUACUAGCAUCAGUCUCUGACGAUCACACUUGUAAACUUUGGGCUGUAAAGGAAACUCCGAAGUUAUUAGCGACUUUAUACUUGAAAUCUCCAGGCAUGAGUGUCUGCUGGCACAACGAGGAGUCUGGCAAGCUGUUGGUCGCUGAAAAAAACGGACUGAUACGUUUGUACAACGUCAGGAGCCAGAAAGCCAUUAUGUCAAUGGAUGCAAGUGUUGUUCCGCUGAUGUCUGCUGACUGGAGUCUCAAUUCUCUUAAAGUUGCUUGCGUUUCUGCUGGAGAAUUAGUUUUAUGGGAUGUUUCACGUCCGAGCCGACCAGUCAUAAGCCGGACACUUCACACUGAAGGAAGCUUAAUAAUUAAAUUUUCUCGCAAUAAUGAGAAUUUAGUAGCAGGAAUUGGCCGUCCAAACAAUAUUCUCAAAGUUAUUCUAAGUGGCAAAUUAAAAUUAAUUGGUGGUCUGAGUUGGCACUACAAAUUACCCUACGUUUGUGCUGGUAGUGAUAGAGAAUUAUUACUCUGGCGUAUUAUUGAGAAAUCACUAUCAACGCUCUCUGUUGGAUUGAUUUUAAUAAAAGCAGUGUAUAGGAGGCGAAAAUAG